UGAGAACAAGCGCCAUGCGAGUUCUGAUGUUGUCAUUAUAUUUUGUAACACUAUGAGGAUUGUUGAUAUUAAGUAUAAAAUACGUCAAUCAUAGUAUUGGUAGGUCAGAACAUAAUGUAGUCGUGAAGACUCGGAUAUGAGCUGUAAAUAAACUCUGACAUACACACACAAUCAUAGUAUGAGCACAGAUGACCGAGUGGUCUAAGCGAUAGACUUUCUCAAUGGGUCGAGCUCAGUUGAGGGUUACUUUUUUUUCUUUCUUUAAUUUAAUUGUUUGUUUUUUCUAGACCUUUUAACUGUUUACAUUUAUCAACAUAAAGCAUGGAAUGGCAAACUUCAAUACAUGCAAAAACUUGUGAAAAGGUACCUUAAAAGCCUUUUGAUUACAAAUGCACAGUAUGGUUAGUGACAACAAUAAAAUGUUGAGUUUUUUAUGUUUGUGAAGAUUUACGACGGAAAGCAUAUGAAUCCUAGUAAAUGAGGAAUCCAUCAAUUCGUUUUAAACAGUGUCCGUAUGGAAAGACAAUUCAGGGCUGAAAUAUUGUAUAACUUAGUUUAGUUGUGUGUAGUCUUUGCGUUUGUUACUGUAGUAAUUUACUUAGAACGUCACAUGAAAAUUGAAAAUGUAUUGAAAGAAUAUUUUAUCGGAAUAAAAUUAAACGGGAGCGAUGCGGCUGCGCGUGGCGGUGAUAGGUGGCGGCGCGGCGGGCCUGUGUGCGUUGAGGCACCUCUCCGCCCGACCGGACCGGUUCGAGCCCGUGGGGAUGGAGCAGCAGGCGGGGGUGGGCGGGACAUGGCGCUACACGGACCUGGUGGGAACAUACCCAGAUGGCACUCCUGUGCAAUCAAGCAUGUACAAGAACCUUAGAACCAAUCUGCCCAAGGAGGUGAUGGCGUUCCCGGGGUUCCCUUUCCCGGAGGAGCUGCCUUCGUUCAUGCACCACACGGACGUACAGAACUACCUGGAAAGAUACUGCAGCCACUACGGUCUGGAAAGAUAUUUGUUGUUUAAUACCAAAGUACAACAAGUAACGCCGUUGCGAAGGGAUUCAAAGACCGAGUGGAAUGUAACCUAUUGUACGAAUGGUAAACAACACUGCGAGAUUUUCGAUGCUGUAAUGGUGUGCAAUGGUCACUAUGAAGUGCCUUUAAUACCCAAUAUCGAGGGACAGGAUGUUUUCCAAGGGCAGAUAAUUCACAGCCACGACUACCGCAGCCCGGAGGCGUUCAGUGGCAAGAGAGUUGCCUGCCUUGGUGCCGCUCCUUCCGGUCAGGAUAUCAGUCUGGAGAUUGCCACUUGCGCUCAACAGGUUAUCUUGAGUCACAACAAGCCGCGGUUACCCACAGUUCUGCCUGAAAACGUGAAUCAGAAGACCGGAAUUAAACAAUUAACACACAAUACGGUGGUAUUUAACAAUGGCGACGAAGAACCAGUCGACGUGAUAAUGCUGUGUACCGGAUAUAGAUACAGUUUCCCGUUCCUGUCGGCGGAAUGCGCAGUUACCAUAGAGGAGGAACGGGUGACUCCCCUGUACAAGCACAUCAUCCACAGUCGCCUGCAGACACUCUCCUUCAUCGGCAUAUGCAAGAUUAUCUGCCCCUUCCCUCUGUUCGACAAUCAGGUUCGCUUCGUUCUGGCUACCCUAGAUGGUUCAUGCCCUUUGCCGCCCGCUGCCGACAUGGAGGCGGACAUAGAACGGGACUUCCGGCAGCGGCUGGCGGAGGGACUUCCGGCAAGGCAUGCGCACACCAUGGGGUCCCGCCAGUGGGCGUAUAACGACAUGCUAGCCUCCAUGGGCAACUUUCAGUCAAUACCGAGGGCUAUUCAGAAUCUCUAUGACGAAGUGCACAGAAUAAGAGUUUUAGAUUUACCAAACUAUAAGAAUAGGAGAUAUAAGAUAACAGGGGAGGAGGGUUUUCAGGAACUUUAAUUCCCCACUUCACUUUGUUAUCAUUAUUUGGAUAUUGACAAUUAUUUUGAAUGCUUUUUAGCAGGUCUUUUUUUCUCUUUAUGGAAUGGCCGUUUUUUCCCACUUAACAAAAAGUUUGGGACUAAAAAUUUUAAGAAGUUUGCAUCUUAAAUUUUCACAAUUUUAAAAAGUUGCCGUUUCAUUUUUUUACAUUUGAAAAAAAAAUUCUCGCAAGUUUAGGGGUGAAAAGCAGAUUCACGAAGACGGGGAAAAUCUCAGUAAAAAAAAGACAAAAGGUUUUUGGAAACUUAUAAAUCGUCUAUGAAUGCAUUCAAACAAAAACAGGAAAAAGCUUAUAAGCGCAUUACUGAUUGCAUACCCUUAAUUCGGAGAAAUCUAGUUACAGCAGCUAGGGGGAAUCAUAUUAACACAAAAGCACACGGCAGAGCUGGGCCUGACGUCUAUAAUUGGCCCGCUGCCCACAAAACGGCCCAAGGGCCAUUUUGCGGCUAGGCUCUGUAUAGACGUCCGGUCAAGCUCUGCCAUAUGUUAUCGUUUAUAUUACUUAUCAUUGGCGUCGCUCUGGAGAGCGGCUACCAGUAUGUUAUGCAUAUUUUUCGCUUAUGGGAGGAGAAGUUAUUUUAAGGAUCAAUGUAUAUAUUUUUGAUGUAAGAAUAUCUUGCAUAGUUGUGAUUUUUUGUGUAAAUUAGUGUAAGUAAGUACUGCAUUUGUGCCUAUUACAUUUAUAACAAUAUUUAUUGCCAAAGCUAAUUGUUUUAAUUAAUAACUGAUCCACAACUGAUCACAGGGGAAAGAUCACAGGGACUGGCCAAGUAUGCGAAACUUUCUGGUUUUGUAUAAAAACAAAACAUAAUCAAAAUAUAUUUAUUUUGUGGUU